GUUCCUCCCUUUCCACAGGUCGGAGCUGAUGGGUGUUGUCCUAAAACAGUUCAGACAUUCCCUGUUCCCAUCGGAGAGGACCUUCCAUCUCGUUUCGUUCCAUGUGUCGGUCACACAGCUUCAGGAAAAGCCUGAACAAACAGAUCCUGAUGGCAAGCUCCAUGUCUGUCCUGUCCUCUACUGUCUUCUCAGUUGAGAACAAUUCUGACUUUGGAUUAGACAGUCUAUGAGCAUCACUUCUCAUUAAUGACUGACUGACAGGAACAAAGAACGAACAGUCGGUUUUCUGUAUCUGCAAGUUCCACAUCUGUGGAUUUAACCAACUGCAGUUUGAAAAUUAAAAAAAAAAAAAAGAAAGAAAAUUCCAGGAAGUACAACUUGAAUCUGCUGCAUGCCGAGCACUAUGCUAAAUUCACACCAGUGAAGAGAUGGCACCCCCAGCUGUAGAUUCCUGCCACUUCAGAGUGCCUCAGUCCUUGUCCAGCCCUUCCUGUUUGAGUCUGGCUCACCUUGCCUCUUGAUCACUUACUAUGGAGUUAGGUAUAGUGGUUGGUUUUGUUACUGAACUUGUGCAGACUUUUUCCUUUGUCAUUAUUCCCUAAACAAUGUGAUAUAACAACUAUGUAUAUUGUAUUAUGUAUAAGUAAUCUGGGGGUGAUUCAAAGUGUAUGGGAGGAUGUGUGCAGGUUAUAUGCAAAUACUAGGCCAUUUUAUGUAAGAGAGUUGAGCAUCCAUGGACUUUGGUAUCUUCUGAGGGUCCUGGACCCAAUCCCCCACUGAUAAUGCAAAGACAACUGUAUACCAUAGGGUCUAAUUUCCCUUCAUUCAGACAUGGACCCAAAAGAAAUAGCAAAUUGUGAGCACAAAUAGCCAUAUAGUAUACACAGAGAAGUUAAAUAAGUCUUCAAAAGUAUGUGCCAUUUUGUAUCUGAACUCUUUUCUCUCCCUCUCAUCAAAGGAUGAUUGGAUAGCCUACAAGAUCUCUUUCAGCUCCCACAUUGCAUGACCCCUGAUAUGGCAUUGGGUGAGACCACCCCAAUUCCCAUCUCUGAACUAAGAGCUAAAGCAAAAAUUAGUACUGACUGCCUUAGGUCUGAGAGAGGAGUCACUGGUUUCUAAGAUCCUUGGGAAAGGGUCAACAUCAGCAUUAUUUUUGAGAAGUUUCUGUUCCGUGGGAGGAGGACUAGCUCUGACUUGGUCACAUACAUUGUGGUUUCCUUACAAUGCCUAAAGGAAGGAUGUGGUUCAACUUAAGUACAAGUCCUCAGUGAUGUCUGUCUCUAAAUGAGCUCAGAAUAGAUCAUCUACGUCAUGACCUCCCAAAAGUUAUCCUAGGAUAGGUCCAUUGUUCGUGGACCACAGAUGCCCCAGAGUGCCUGCUUUUCUCUCCACCUGCCCCACAAGCAUGCUGCCUCUCUCCCCUCAUGAGGUGGAUAUUUUCUGAUUAGACCAAUCACUGUAGAUUUCCCUAAUCUCUUGGAAAGAAAAGUUGAAUUUUUCAUUCAAAUUUUAACUUCUGGCAGUCUACAAUGCUUUCUUGGCACUGGCUAAAGCUUACCCCGCCUCCUUGCAUCAUCCAAUCAAUGGCAUAGGCUGUGUGUCCGCUUUUGGUGGACUGACUGGAGAACUUGGCUGGAAGGCCUGAGACUGGGAGCUUGAGUACUAGCUACUAUGGCAGCAGCCGCAGCCGGUGGAGCAGCAGCGGGGGCAAAGUUGGGCCUGCGUGAGAUUCGCAUCCACUUAUGCGAGUGCUCGCCCUGCAGCCAGGGCAUCAGGGACUUAAUCGAGAAACGUUUUGUGGAACUGAAGAAGGCCAAUCCGGAUCUGCCCAUUCUAAUCCGGGAAUGCUCUGAUGUUCAGCCCAAGCUCUGGGCCCGCUACCCAUUUUUGCAAGACAAGAAUGUCUCUUUGAACACCUUCAAUGCUCAUCAGGUAACCAGAACCCUGGAGAAUGUGCUAAGUGGCAAAGCUUGAAGUCUCCACAGAAGUGUAUGAGCAAGAGCCCCAGAGUCUGAGCUCUGUUGGACUGAAUACAAUAUGGAAAAAUGUGUUCCCCUGUUGCUUAUAAAGCUUGUGCUGUAAAA